UGAUCCUUCAAUAUAAUAUCGUCUCGACAGCAUGUUCAUAUAUACAAAACGUACGACUUUCUGUGUGUGUAUAUAUAUAGCUAACUAUCUCAUAUCAUAAGUCAUAAUAUUUUCUCACCAUUUUCAACUCAUCUAAAGUAUGAAGUCACUCUCAAAGACGACUCUGAUUUUAACUCUCUUCUUCUUCCUCUUGUUCUCUGGCUUUUCACUUGCCAAACAGAAGUUUAAACCAGAGAUUGAAGCUUUAAUAUCCUUCAAGAAAGGUAUUACCGCAGACCCUUUAGGGAUAUUGUCGAAUUGGACCACCACCGGUCUGGUUCCACACUGCAGUUGGACCGGAAUCACCUGCGACCGUACCGGUCACGUUGUCUCCGUUUCCUUGAUGGAGAAGCAACUUCAAGGUGUCUUGUCUCCAGCAAUAGCAAAUCUCACCUAUCUCCAGGUUCUUGAUCUCACCUCCAAUAAUUUUUCCGGAGAAAUACCAUCUGAGAUAGGGAAAUUAACAGAGCUUAACCAGCUCAUUCUUUACUUAAAUCAUUUCUCUGGUUCAAUACCGUCUGAGAUUUGGAGGCUUAAGAAUAUUGUGUAUCUUGAUCUGAGGGAUAACUUGUUGACCGGUGAUGUUCCUGAAGCAAUCUGCAAAACUACGUCUUUGGAAUUAGUAGGAUUUGAAAACAACAACUUAACCGGGAGGAUACCAGAAUGCUUAGGAGAUUUGGUUCAUCUCCAAAUCUUUAUAGCAGGCUCAAACCGGUUUAGUGGUUCGGUUCCUGUAUCAGUUGGUACUUUGGUUAAUCUGACGGAUUUUGGCCUGGAUAGUAACCAGUUAACCGGUAAAAUACCGAGAGAGAUAGGAAAUCUCUCAAACUUACAAAGUCUCAUUUUAACUGACAAUUUGUUGGAAGGAGGGAUACCAGCUGAGAUCGGAAACUGCUCGAGCUUGAUCCAACUUGAGCUGUAUGGUAACCAGUUAACCGGGGCAAUACCAGCUGAGUUAGGGAAUUUGGUUCAGCUGGAGUCACUCCGAUUAUACAAGAACAAGCUGAACUCUUCAAUUCCGUCCUCACUGUUUCGGUUAACAAAGUUAACCAAUUUGGGAUUGUCAGAAAACCAAUUGGUUGGACCAAUACCGGAGGAGAUUGGUUUUCUUACAUCAGUUAAAGUCCUUACGCUCCAUUCCAACAACUUAACAGGGGAGUUUCCACAGUCCAUCACCAACAUGAAGAACUUGACAGUGAUAACAAUGGGAUUCAACUCGAUUUCUGGUGAGCUCCCGGCGAAUCUAGGGAUUCUUACAAACCUUCGGAACCUUUCUGCACACGACAAUCUUCUUACCGGGCCAAUACCUUCUAGCAUAAGUAACUGCACCGGUCUUAAAGUCUUGGACCUGUCUUAUAACCAAAUGACUGGCGAGAUUCCAAGUGGUUUAGGACGGAUGAAUCUUACAUUGCUUUCUCUUGGGCCGAAUCGGUUUACUGGCGAAAUUCCAGAUGAUAUCUUUAACUGUUCAAACAUGGAAAUUCUCAAUCUGGCACGGAACAACUUCACAGGAACGCUCAAGCCAUUCAUUGGGAAGCUUCAGAAGCUACGGAUUUUGCAGCUAUUUUCCAAUUCUCUCACUGGAGCCAUUCCUCGAGAGAUAGGGAAUCUGAGAGAGCUGAGUCACUUACAACUAGGCACUAAUCAUUUCACAGGAAGAAUCCCAGGGGAGAUAUCGAAUCUGACUCUACUGCAAGGGAUCGAGCUGGAUGCAAAUGAUCUCGAGGGUCCAAUUCCUGAAGAAAUGUUUAGUAUGAAGCAACUCACAGAGCUGGAUCUAUCCAACAACAAGUUCUCAGGUCCAAUUCCUGUCUUGUUCUCGAAGCUUGAAUCUCUUACCUACUUGGCUCUCCAUGGAAACAAGUUUAAUGGGUCUAUCCCUGGAAGCCUUAAGUCACUUUCACAUCUCAACACAUUGGAUAUCUCCAGCAAUCUUCUCACCGGAACCAUCUCCAGCGAGCUCAUAUCUUCGAUGAGAAACUUGCAGCUUACCCUCAACUUCUCAAACAAUCUGUUGUCAGGAUCCAUCCCCAAUGAGCUUGGAAAGCUAGAAAUGGUUGAACAAAUCGACUUCUCCAACAAUCACUUCUCUGGGUCUAUUCCAAGAUCUUUACAGGCCUGCAAAAACGUCUUCUUCUUGGAUUUUUCAAGAAACAAUCUCUCAGGCCAGAUUCCUGACGAAGUCUUCCAGCAAAACGGCAUGGAUAUGAUCAAAAGCUUGAACCUUUCAAGGAACAGUCUCACCGGUGGAAUCCCUCAAAGCUUCGGUAACAUGACGCAUUUACUCUCUCUAGAUCUAUCUUUUAACAAUCUCACAGGUGAAAUUCCAGAGACUCUCGCCAAUCUAUCAACGCUGAAACAUCUCAACCUAGCUUCAAACAACCUCAAAGGCCACGUCCCUGAAUCCGGCGUCUUCAAAGACAUCACCACAUCUGAUCUAAUGGGAAACAAAGACCUCUGCGGCAACAAGAAGCCUCUCAAGCAAUGUCCAAUAACCAAGAAGAAAUCAAACCACUUCCACAAAAGAACAACAAUCAUCGUGACUGCUCUAGUAUCAACAGCCAUUCUUCUUCUUAUACUAAUUCUCACCUACUGCAACAAAAUGUCAAAAAAGACUGAAAAAACAUCCUCAGAAUCUCCACUCCCAGAUCUAGAUUCAUCUCUAAAACUCAAGAGAUUCAACCCUAAAGACCUCGAACAAGCAACAAACUCAUUCAACACCACCAACAUCAUAGGCUCAAGCUCCUUAAGCACAGUCUACAAAGGCCAUCUCCAAGACAACACAGCCAUCGCAGUAAAACUCCUAAACCUAAAACAAUUCUCAGCGCAAUCAGAUAAAUGGUUCUACACGGAGGCCAAAACGCUAAGCAAGCUAAAGCAUCGCAACCUAGUGAAGAUCCUAGGGUUUGCCUGGGAGAGCGGGAAGAUGAAGGCAUUGGUGCUUCCUUACAUGGAGAAAGGAAGCUUGGAAGACGCGAUUCACGGCGGAUCUGGUGAACGGAUCGGAGGAUUCGCGGAGAGAAUCGAUCUGUGUGUUGAUGUGGCGAGCGGAAUCGAUUAUCUUCAUUCGGGAUUCGGAUUCCCGAUCGUUCACUGUGAUCUGAAGCCGGCGAAUAUACUCCUCGAUGGAGAUGGGGUUGCUCACGUCAGCGAUUUCGGGACGGCGAGGAUUCUAGGGUUACGUGAAGAUGGGAGUGUAACGGCUUCUACAUUCGAUGGCACGAUUGGUUACUUGGCUCCAGAGUUUGCUUAUAUGAGGAGAGUGACGACGAAAGCUGACGUGUUCAGCUUCGGGAUCGUGAUGAUGGAGCUGAUGACGAAGCGGAGACCGACUUCUGUGAUGGGUGAAGAAGCUGAAGGGAUGAGUCUGCGUCAGUUAGUGGAGGAAGCGAUUGGAGAUGGAAGAGAAGGGAUGAUUAGGGUUCUUGAUUCAGAGAUUGGUUCUACGAUUGUUACUCGGAAGCAGGAAGAGGCUGUUGAGGAUUUGUUGAAGCUUUGUUUGUACUGUACAAGCUCUAGGCCUGAGGAUAGGCCAGAUAUGAAUGAGGUUCUUACGCAUUUGAUGAAACUCAGAGGGAGGACGAUCUCAGUUUCGGAAGUGUAAUAACUAACAAGCAAGCUAAUAAUCGUUGAAGCAAUCAAAAAAGAGUUUGUUUCUUUACUUAUGUACUGUAAGGAAAAUUGAAUUGUAUAUCUCACUCUCGUAAGUUAUUGGGCUACAUUAAGGGGCCAUCUCUUUUAGACCCAGUAAUAAACUAGAUUUUUUUUUAGCAAACUUAAAACUUGAGAUCGAAGGCAGUAAAAAGUUGGAACUAUUUGCAUAAUUUUGGAACAUGAGAUUUGGUUUCGU